AUGCGGUUGCCCAGCAACAGCUCCUUUGAUGUACUAACAUUCUACUGGCAGGACUGCUACUUACAGUGGACAAUUCAGGCUUGUUUUGAUCUACCUCCUGAGGUGAUUUCUACCAGGAACCCAGUUACAUGCAACAAAAGGGCAGCUGACCCAGUCCAUCCUGACUUUGCUGGUUUGUUGGUGAAAAACAAGAAUCUUUUAGCUGAGCUAAGAAAUCUUCAAAGCAAACUUCUCAUAAAGGAAAGUAUGUUGCAAGAGAUGAAGAGUGAGUUAGAAAGUUAUAAAGAAAAUAACACCCAACAGUCAUUCCAGAUAAUGUCCCUGAGAGAUGAUAUCCAGGACCUACAGGAACUCAUUGCUUCUCUAACCAGAAUGAAGUCUUUGAAAAACACCAACAUUGAAAGUCUUGAAAGAGGCAACUGGGAACUAACUGAACAAGUUACAGCACUAGAAAACCUUCUAAAAGUACAUCUGGUUGAAAGAGAAAAAGCAGAGCGAAAAGCUGAUCUUUUGGAGAAAAUGUUGUCAGGCACUAGCAGAUUCCCUUCUUAUAUGACUAUGAAAGGACAAGAAAAUUUAUUGGAUGUUUUCCCAGUGAAGGACAAGACAGAAGCUUUCAUGGCCAACAACUUUGAGAGAGACAUUUUUCAUACUGAAGAACCAAAUCACAAGCAGAAAAUUUGGGAUGGAUGUCAACAAGAUUUGAUACAAGAGGAUAAACAAGCACCAGAGUUAGACAGACAGCCAUAUUCAUGCGGAUGGGAAACUGAAACCGCACAAUCUCAAUAUCAGAAUUUCCUCAGUCAAUUGUCUACUCUUCUGAGUGAUAGCAUUGUUCCCAUACCAGCCACAGAGGAAGCUGUGAAAGAAAAGAUACUGGAAAUCAGUGAAAAUGAACUCUCUUGGAAAUCUAGAACAGAAGGCCUACAGCAGGAAAUUCAGAUGCUCACUAAGCAAUUGGAACAGCUGCAUCAGAUUUACGAAGAAACUGCUCAAGAAUCACCUCAGGGUGGAGAAAAUUAUAGGGAACAAAAAAAACCCUUGAAACGUCUAGAUGGAAACAUUGGUUUCAAUGACUUUUUUCAAAGGAAAUCAGACUUGGACAGGAAUAAAGAAAACUUCAGAACUCCGAAUUCUCAAGUUGAUAAGCAUAACAAGAAGUUCAAACAAUUAGAAAUGUUGUUGAAUAUUCAGCAAAAUUUACAGAUUAUUACAACGCCAAUAUUGGAGGAGAAAAUUCAGAAACUUCAGAAACAGCUCAGUGAUUUGAAAUUAUCAAAUAAAAAUAUGAAAACUCAACUGACAAAAAUAAAUGUCCUUAAAGACAAAACAAUUAUGAAGCUCAGGAAAUCUUUAACAAAAGCUGAAACAAUGAAGGAGAAGGUAGUUAUGAAUAUAGAUGAUUUGAAAACUACAUCCGACUCUGCAGAGCAAGAGGCAAGAUCAGACAAAGAGAAGGCCCGUCAGAUGUUAGACACUGUCAUUCCUGAGCUCUCCAUAGCCAAGAACACGCUUGAAGUGUCAGGACAAGAACAAGAGCUUGGUGACUUUCGAGAAACUAUUUUGAAGAUGUUGGGAUUUGACAUGAAAACAGCAGACAAAGAAAUCAUCAAUCAGUUAAAGCUUAUUAUACAAGUUUAUGAAAUAUCUAACAAAUCAAAGAUUGCUUCUGAUUGUGAGACUGGACAAGAUAAUGAAUAA